GUCUUGGUCUUUGUUGCGUCAAUGUCACCUUAACGUAGAAAUGAACAUAACAAUACAUUGAUUUCACGCUCUAGUUCUCCUAGCUGAUUACUAAAAGUUACGUUGAAAUGGUUGCUGUUAAUCUGUUCUUGGAACUUCGUUAUAGGUUAGUUGUCAUUAGUUACUAGAAUGCAAACUGUUUUUGUUAUCAAUGGCAAUAAAUCUAUUUAAAAGGUUUUUUAGGUGGUUAAUAAAUUAGUUAGGAAAAUAUUUAGAUAAGGAGUGUAUAAGUAUGAAACAUUUGUUAUCAUAGAAAGUAACUCAUUCAAACAGAUCGUUGCUUUUUGGCAGCCUAGAAAUGGAAGCGGAUGAGGCAGAAAGUACUUCAAGCAUUAUUGAUGCAAAGCAUACGUUGGAAUCAGACACAUAUCUUAUAUUUCAAAAUCAGAAAGAUGCGUCCAUAAAUAUUAAAAAGAAACGGGUGAACAACAAAAACAAGGAAAAUGGGUCAACAUUCAAUUGUUGUUUUGGAAAAAAUGAAGUGAACCCAAAGUCUGAAAAGCAAGAGGAUAUAGAGCAGGGUAUUUCGCCGGUUGGUGAGAGUACACCUAAUCAAAAGGCUAAUGAUCAAGGUACUGAAAAACCAAUUAAGUUGAUAGUAAAACUUGUUGGCUCGGUUCUAGAAGAAUCUGAUGAAGGCUACUGUAACGAAACUGACCACAACCUUCGGAAUUUUCUUUUCCCGCUUAUUAAAUUAUUAAAAAAAGAAGAAUGUUGUCUUGUUUUGCCUAAGGGAAAUAACAAGACUUUGUACAACGUUGCUGAAACAAUUAUACAAAGUAAAAUUAAAGGAUAUGAAAAUAUCAAGUUUUCAACAAAAAAGGACGACUUUGUAAAAUAUAUAAGUGACUUUAAAACUCUCGAAUGUCUUAUUGUUUACGAUGGAACUAAAAUGGAUGGAAAAGAACAGGAAGUGUAUAAGAACAAUAAUACAAUCAUUUUAAAGGAAUCAGAAAAUUUAACUAGAUUUGAUGAACCCUCAAAGGAUAAAGAUGUACCGAAAAGCAAAGGCAAGACCGGGAAAAUUCAUUCAAAGAAUUACGUCACAAUAAACAUCAACGAAACAUGGACAGAAUCGUCCAUUGCACAGAAGAUAUUACAAUCGUUUUUGGGUAAAGGUAUUAUAGCAUCUACGGAUUUUCGUUUACUGUGCAUUCGGCUGAAUCAUUUAGACCUUGCAGUUCAACAUGGUGGACUGUGGAAGUUCAAAAAAUCGUCGUCUCAGGCUAGUGAUGACAAUAAGAAAUCAGAAAAACAGUUUGUGUUGCUUUCCAUACAACUUGAGCGCUUUGAGUUUAUUAAAUAUCUUAUACAACAAGGAGUUCAAAUAAAAGAGUAUUUAAAUGAAAAGGAUAUCAUUGACGAUGCAAAGAAAGACAUAGAACAUCUAAAAGUUAAAUAUUCAUUUAAAAAGAAAGAAGAACAGGAAAAACAAAAGCAGACAAGCGAAAAAUCUGUUAAUCAAACUGAUCAAAGCUCAAACACAAGAGAUGAUUCUGAAGAAUGCAAUCUUUUUAUAUGUGCAGUUCUAGCAGAGAAUUUUAAGUUGGCUUUAAUAUUAUGGAGAACAUUAUCCAGACCAACUAUAGCAGCAUUGUAUGCCAUAGAAAUAAUUAAUGAUCUUAAGGCAUUAUACGAAAAAGAUCUUAGCAACCACCCUUCUAAACUGGAUAAAGAAAUAAGGAACUUUGAAGACUUGGCCAUAUCCACAUUAAACAAAACAUACGCUACAAAUCCGGAUAUCGUUUAUGACUUGCUCAUCUGUAGGUUAAAAGGAUCGUGGAAUGGCUACAGCUGUGUGGACUUAGCGUUACUUAACAAUCUUGGCAAAUUUCUAUCUCAAACACCAUGUAUCCUGCUAAAUGAAGAGAUGUGGAACAAUGACACUGUUCCAAGGAACAGUAGAUUCGAACAAGCCAACAUUGAACCGACAAAAACAUCAAAAAACAAUUGCUGCAUUAGCAUGUUAAGUAAACUACGAGUUCCGAGGAAGAUAGCAUUUCUUCGAUUUAUCUCUCACCUUGUGUUUCUGGGAUUCUUUGCUAUUUGGAUAAUCUCCUUUCUAGCAGUCGACACGCUACACUGGAUUGAAUGGGUACUUUUCACUUGGGUAAUAUUCUACUUAGCUGAAAUUGUCAAUCAGUGUAUACUCAACGUUAUGAGACACAGAUGGUCAUGUUGGAGUUUCAUAGAUCGCAUAGAACUAUUUUCUGUUCUCCUAUUUCUCUUUUCCUGGAUCUUACAUAUCGCUGCUUACAUACACCAGGACAAUCAACAACUAAUGGACUGCGUUUUAACACUUUUUAGUAUUGACUUCAUGUUCUUUUGUAUUUUUACGCUAGAGUUCUGCUACAUCAAACAAUCAUUAGGGCCAAGGCUUAUAGUUUUCGUGAAAAUGGCUGAAAUUUUGUGUCAGUUUCUACUCAUCAUUUUUGCAUUCUUCAUCGCCUUCGCUGUGUCUUCACAAGCUGUUCUGUAUCCUAACACACAACUGACUGGUCUGUUAUUUUUUCGAAUUUUUAAACGACCUUUUUGGUCAAUAUUUGGAGAUCUUACCUUGGAUGAGUUUGAGCCCAAUGUGGAAUGUACUGAUGAUGCAAAGUUGUACUACGAUUAUAAGCAGCUACGAUGUCCUUCUGACGUGGGAAGUUACUACGUGCCGAUAACUAUGGGCAUCUAUGUCAUCAUAGUUAAUAUUCUUCUCUUCAACUUGAUCAUCGCACUGUUCAACUCUGCAAUAAAAACAAACGAAGAGGAAACGGAAGAAUUAUGGCAUCGUCAGUUUAUGUCAUUUACAUGUGAACAUAGUAUACUUUUGUUUAUGAUGCCGCCAAUCACCUUGCUGUUUCGUCUGCUACCACAAGAUGAUGACAGCAGCAGACGUUACCCAUUCCAUUUGGAAGGACAGGACCUUGAAAAAAUGACCAAACUAGCAAGUAUUGAGACAGAACAAAGAGACAUAUUCCUCGAAGAAGUUGAAGGCAUAAUACAAAACUCAGUUUCUUUGGUUAAACCUACAGUAGUUUCACAAGACAUAUAUUACAUCCAAAAUUCUUAUCAAAAUACUUAUCAAAUGGAUAAAGAAAUCAUAGAACAGAUGCAAAAAGAUAUUCAGUGGAUAAAACAAAGAUUUAGAACUUUAGCUAUGAAACCUAUCAACGACAGUAUUAAGUCAUCAGACAGUGAAACAGUAAACGAUUCUAUAACUCUAGAAGAAAACUCUAAAUCAGAAAACUCAGAGUCUAGUAAAGAAGAGGUAGAACCAUCAACAUCAGUGUCUAGAUCGAUCAGUAUAGGCCCGGAAGAGGGAUCAGAUUCAGUAUCAGAUGCAAAUAAAAUAGAGUUUGAAUUGCUGGAAAAUUCGCAGAACGAGGUGUACGUUACUCCAGUUUCAGACAAAGCAAAUGCAAUUCUGAAUGAAAAAUACAGAUGUAAACCUAACAAACGUUUCUACGCUAUUCACACAAAUUAUUCUAACUCACCAAGAUGGGUUAUACGUGGAGUAAGAGUACCGAAGCGAAGAUACGAGGAAGAUCAAUAUUCAGAUUCUAAUAGAAGCAAGAGUGCACGAGAGCAACAGAAAUUCAAAAAUGGUCCAAUGGCUGCUGUAUCGCCUUUACUUUAGCACUUUCAAUAAAAGUGAAGUCUGUGAAGUCUAAUGAUCUAAGGAUUUUUAAAAAUUGUUUUGAACAUUCUAAAAAAUGCACAUUAAAUUUGUUUAUAAUCAUUUUUUGUUUGCUUAUAUUAAUUUUAUAUUUCAAUAUAUCUGUUACUGCAAACGUUGGUAGCUGGUUUAUACAUGUAUUAACGUUGCACUGUAAAUUAUAUUAUUCUAACGUAAAACAAUAUUUAAAAAUGUUAUCUCUUUUUUUUUAAUGUCGUAAUAUAAGUAGUGAUUGAAAUAUGUUCAUUAUUUUUUUAGUCAGGUGUUUAAAUGUUAGUGACUUUCUAAGUUAACUUUCAUUCGUUCAAGAUGCAGAUUAUCAAAUAAUUCUAUGUCACAUUUAUUAUGUUCAUAUAAUUGAUAAACAUAGCAGUGCUACAGUACUAUCUAACAGAAUGAUACCAUAAUUGGUCAGUUAAAUUCAAUUAGAUAAUUUAAAUACACUCUAAACGAAAACGGCGUCGUCUAAAUGAUACCUUAAAGGCGUCCAGCUUUGGUAGUUUAGAUUUGGUCUUCUUUUCAGUUGUUUUACAUUUAAUUCAGUAGUGGUCCAUACAGUGAGUAGCAUUGAAACUAAAACUUAUGUUUUUUUUUUCUUUUAAAACAAUAUUGUAUUGAGAGAUUAUAUCAAUUUUUACUUUACUGAAUUUAUUUGAGCUAUUUAUGAACAAUGUUAAAGGUAUGCUUUUUGCUAUUUGGUACAUUGCUGCCCCCAGCAACUGCGCAUUAAUUUUUUUUUUACUUUUCGAAUAUAAUGUACCAUUCUAUGUGUCUUUUAUUUAUUUAUCCACAAAGUCAGACAUAGGUCAACAUGUAUUUAAUACUUAUUAUGAGCAUAGUAUUAAUGCUUAUAUUUUUAAUUAAUUAAUUUAUUUUUACAUAAUUCUUCUGUUUAGUUUUUGUGUAUUGAUUAAAAAACAUAUACAUAUUCAAAUAUUUUGCAUUACAGUUAUUGAAGGAAAAGUGUAAAAUAUAAAUGAAAGAAAUACAUUUUAAACUACU